AUGCCUAAAGAGCAGUACCGAGAGACCUAUGUCGGCAGAAAAAUUUCCCAUGUUACUUUUAAUGUGGAUAGUGCAACGGAAAUCCAGCAGGCAGCUCACAUUCAAGUGAUAACAAAGAACUUGUAUGCUCAGGAUGGUCAAAGAGUACCAGCUAGCUAUGGAGUGCUGGACAGACGAAUGGGGACAAACCAGAAAGAUGCAAACUGUGAAACAUGUGGUCUAGGCCUGGCCGAGUGUGUCGGUCACUAUGGCUAUGUGGAACUCGCUCUACCAGUAUUCCAUGUGGGAUACUUCAGAUCUAUUAUAACUAUACUACAGACUAUUUGUAAGAAUUGUGCCAAAGUAAUGCUUCCGGAGACAAUCAAGAAAUCGUUCAGUCGUAAAUUCAUGCAUCCAGAACUAACCUACCUGCAUAAAAAGAAUCUACGGGCAGCCAAGAGUCCAGCGGGAAUAUUGAAAAUUAUCCACGACAAGUACAGAACUAAGAAACCAACGGACCCUUUGGUUCAGAAAGUGUUAAAAGAUUUUAAUGAGGCCAAGGAAUCUAAUAAAGAAUUAGCUUCCAUGAUUAACAGUGGCUUGAUAAUAGAAAUGAGCCCUUUAGAAGUGUUAAACCUGUUCCGUCGUAUCCCAGACGAGGACGUGCCCCUGCUUGGUAUGGACGUGAAGACUUCCCGGCCCGAGGAUCUCAUCCUGACUCGUCUGCCCGUUCCUCCUCUCUGCAUCAGACCCAGCGUCGCUUCUGAUAUAAAAGCCGGCACUAACGAGGACGACCUGACCAUGAAGCAGUCGGAGAUCCUAUUAAUCAACGACGUGAUCGCGCGCCACGUGGCCAGCGGCGGGAAGAGCGAGCUGGUGCAGGAGGACUGGGACUACCUGCAGCUACACGCCGCGCUAUAUAUCAACAGCGAGAUGUCCGGCAUACCGCUGUCCAUGCAGCCCAAAAAACCGGGUCGUGGUCUGGUACAAAGGCUGAAAGGCAAGCAAGGUCGCUUCAGAGGGAACCUGUCGGGAAAGAGAGUGGAUUUUUCAAGCAGAACUGUCAUCUCACCUGAUCCCAACCUGCAGAUACAGGAGGUGGGUGUUCCUGUCCACGUGGCCAAGAUCUUGACGUACCCGGAGCGAGUGUUCCCGGCAAACCUUCAAUGGCUCCGACAGUUAGUGAGGAACGGCCCGGACGUUCACCCGGGGGCCAACUACGUCCAGCAACGUGGAGUGAGCCACAAGAAGUACCUCAAGUACGGGAACAGGGACAAGAUUGCGCAGGAGUUGAAGUGCGGUGACACGGUAGAGCGCCACCUGGUGGACGGAGACGUGGUGUUGUUCAACCGUCAGCCGUCGCUACAUAAGUUGUCCAUCAUGUGUCACAGGGCGAGGGUACAGCCGCAGAGGACGUUCCGUUUCAACGAGUGCGUAUGUACGCCUUAUAACGCCGACUUCGACGGAGACGAGAUGAACAUGCACCUGCCGCAGACGGAGGAGGCGCGGGCUGAGGCGCUCAUACUGAUGGGGAACAAGUCUAACCUGGUGACUCCCCGUAACGGCGAGCUGUUGAUCGCCGCGACCCAGGACUUCAUCACGGGCGGGUACCUCAUCACUCAGCGGGACAGCUUCUUCACGCUGUCUGAAGCCCGCCAGCUGGCCGCGUGUCUGUUGGCGGGGCCUGACGCUAAUAUGAGGAUCGACAUGCCGCCGCCCGCUAUACUCAAGCCGAGGAUGUUGUGGACUGGCAAACAGAUAUUCAGUCUGAUAAUGAAGCCUAACAAGCGGUGUGAGGUGAAGGCCAACUUGGAAACGAAGGGCAAGAACUACACCGGCAACCAGGACAUGUGCGUUCAGGAUUCAUAUGUUAUAAUCCGUAACUCGGAGCUGAUCUGCGGCUCCAUGGACAAGAGCACCCUCGGCUCCGGUACCAAGAGCUCCGUGUUCUACGUGCUGCUGAGGGACUGGGGCGAGGAGUACGCCGUCAGGGGCAUGUGGAGGUUGGCCCGCAUGGCGUCCUACUACAUGAUGAACCGCGGGUUCAGCUUCGGCAUCAUCGACGUGACGCCCGGCAACAAACUUAUAGAGGCCAAGAACAAACUGCUGGAGUCGGGGUACUCUAAGUGUGACGGAUAUAUCUUGGAGAUGGAGAAGGGCACGCUGCAGUGUCAACCGGGCUGCUCCAUGGAGGAAACCUUAGAAGCCAUCAUGCUCAGCGAGCUCAGCAGCAUCAGAGAGUUGGCAGCCAAGGCUUGUUUCCGUGAGCUACAUCCAACUAACGCCCCGCUCAUCAUGGCUCAGAGCGGCUCCAAGGGUUCCAACAUCAACAUAUCUCAGAUGAUAGCGUGUGUGGGCCAGCAGGCGCUGAACGGGAAACGUGUACCCAACGGCUUCGAGGAUCGUUCCUUACCACAUUUCGAGAGACACUCAAAAAUCCCAGCAGCUCGCGGGUUCGUGGAGAACAGCUUCUAUUCAGGGUUGACACCAACCGAGUUUUUCUUUCACACCAUGGGCGGGAGGGAAGGACUCGUUGACACAGCCGUGAAAACGGCUGAGACAGGAUACUUACAGAGGAGACUUGUUAAGUCUCUAGAGGACCUGGUGCUCCACUACGACAUGACGGUCCGUAACGCGACCAGCGAGGUGGUUCAGUUCCGCUACGGCAGCGACGGGCUCGACCCCAGCUACAUGGAGGGGCGAGACAAGCCUGUGGACCUGGCGCGGGUGCUGCGACACGUGCGGGCCAGCUGUCGCACGCAAGACGAGGAGCCUCUGGACGGUGAGGGGAUCGUGGUGGCGGCUGAAGAAACGCUCGCACUGGACGACUUCAAGACCUGCCCGCCGGAGUUCAAGGCGGAACUGCUUGAGUUCCUGAAGGGCAUAGCGUCCAAAGUACGUUCUCUCCGCGAGAGGUACGCGUCAGCUGGUCCCGUGGCCCUACAGCUGGAGCGACUGACCCUCACACAACUGGUGCGGUUCAUCAGAGUGUGUCACGAGAAGUAUCAGAGGAGCAUCAUCGAGCCUGGCACGGCCGUGGGGGCGUUGGCUGCACAGAGUAUUGGUGAGCCAGGCACCCAGAUGACGCUAAAGACCUUCCAUUUCGCCGGCGUCGCCUCCAUGAACAUAACCCAGGGUGUGCCUCGCGUCAAGGAGAUCAUUAACGCGUCAAAGAACAUCUCCACCCCCAUCAUCACGGCCGAGCUCAUGGAGCCCACCGACCAGGAGUUCGCCAGGAGGGUCAAGGGACGAGUCGAGAAAACUACCCUAGGAGAGAUAACGACGUACAUAGACGAGGUGUAUCUCCCGCACGAGUGCUUCCUGCUAGUGAGGCUGGACGCUGAGAGAAUAAGACUACUGUGUCUGGAGGUUGACGUGCACUCCAUCGUGUACUCAAUAUGUACGUCGAAGUUGAAGCUAAAGCCGGGUAAUGUCCAAGCUGUGUCCGAAUGGGCCAUCAAGGUACAUGCGGAGGCUGGCAAGCACGGUGGCUGGCUGAACGUGGCGCUGCAGCAGCUCGCGAGACAACUACCCUCCGUGGUCGUUAAAGGACUCAGUAAAGUGUCUCGAGCUGUCAUAGCGUGUGAUGACACGGGACCCGUUAAUAGGUACAAGCUAUGCGUUGAAGGCGACGGUCUCCGCGAGGUGAUGGCAACAUACGGUAUCGACGGUCGGCGGACGACCUCUAAUAACAUAUUGGAAGUAUUCCACACUCUUGGCAUAGAAGCAGCGGCUGGUACCAUCAUGAGUGAAGUGGAGGCUGUGAUGGCGGGUCACGGAAUGGCUGUGGACAUGAGGCACGUGGCGCUGCUGGCCGCGCAGAUGUGUGCGCGCGGGGAGGUGCUAGGGAUCACACGGUACGGACUCGCUAGGAUGAAGGAGUCCGUGCUUAAUCUGGCCAGUUUUGAGAAGACAGCCGACCACUUGUUCGACGCGGCGUACUACGGCCAGAGGGAUCGUAUAGAGGGAGUGUCAGAGUGCAUCAUCCUAGGAGUGCCGGCCGGCAUCGGAACUGGGGUGCUGCAGCUGCUGCACAAACAUGACCACAUGACGUCACAGCAACAGCACAAGUUGCUGUUCGACGACCCCAAAUAUCAUUCCUCAAUAUGGGAAUAA